AUGGCCGAUCCAAUGCCGCCCAAGGCCAAUGCGCGCGCAGCCCGCAGCCAGUCCGCCGCCAGCUCGCGCCGUGGAGACUCGGUGGCCAACGACCGCCCGUCGUCGACGGCCUCGGAUGCCAACGGCAACGGCAACCCCGCCGCCGACCGGGACGACGACCAGAGGGAGGAGGACAAGAAGGAGCUGCCCACCCUGGAUUGGUCCAAGUUCCACUACGCCGGCUUCACCGUAAAACACCAUUCGUUCCCCACCGAGCCGGCGAGGCCCAGCAAGAAACGCAAGCGCUCCUACGCCCGCAAGCCGGUGCUCGAGGACAAUGCCUUCGACGAGUCGAUGCAGGUCCUGUACACAGUCGAGCCGGCCAAGUGGUGGGACGACACACGGAGGUACCGCAAGUUUACCAUCGCCGGCGAGUGUUUCCGGCUGGGAGAUACCGUGUUCGUGAAGCCUGCCGAGAAUGAAUUGGAGCACGGCCAUCUGGAAAGCUGGGUCGCAAAGGUGCUGGAGGUGCGCGCCGCCUCGGAGCAGCACGUCUUCCUGCGCAUCAUGUGGCUGUACAGACCGGAGGACCUUCCUGGCGGCCGUAGGCCUUACCACGGCCAAAAUGAGGUGGUGGCCAGUAACAGAAUGCAAAUCAUCGAUGCUUUGACGGUCAAUGGAAAAACAAGUCUCACGCACUGGACCGAGGAAGAUGGCGACGAUGUGCUGGAUGCCGACCAACUAUACUGGCGUCAGACGUAUGACUGGGCAUACGGCAAGGGUACCAACGUACUUUCCUCUCUUCGCAAGCACUGCAUCGACGACGCACCCUUCAACCCCGACUCCGUACUUGUUCACUGUGACUCGUGUAAUAUCUGGCUGCACGCCGAAUGCCUCGAAAUGGAAGCUGUCAAGCAGGCUCAUGCAGACAAAGGCCUUCCGGAACCCACCCCCCUCCCAUCCCCGCAACCCGAGCCAUGCACGCAAGCUGCCGAAAACGGGGUUGUUAAGUCAGAGGUCGAAAAUGAAGAAGUAAAGGCCGAGGAUGUGGCGCCAGUCUUCGAGGCGGAGGUCAAGACCGAGCCGGACGGGAAAAGCUACAUUCUCCUCAAGGGCAUAGGAGGAGGACACGUCGGAGAGGAGUUUGAAAAGGCGAUUUACUGCCUGAAGUGCCGCGCGCUGAUCGAAUGA